UGGGCGCUCCCGGUUCCGGCGCGGCCGAGGCCCGGGGUGGCGAACAGUCUCCGGCACCAUGUUUGGUUUGUCUGGCCCUCUAGCCCAGCGUGGCCCGUGCCCGUUACCGUGGCUGCUUCUGCUCCUCCUCGGCCCCAGCGGGGUGCUCGCCAUCUCCUUCCACCUGCCCGUUAACUCCCGCAAGUGCCUGCGCGAGGAGAUCCACAAGGACCUGCUGGUGACGGGCUCGUACGAGAUCACGGAGCAGCCUGCGGGCGAGGGCGGCCUGCGAACCCACCUCAAGAUCACAGAUUCUGCUGGCCAUAUUCUGUACUCUAAGGAGGAUGCAACCAAGGGGAAAUUUGCCUUUACCACUGAAGAUUAUGACAUGUUCGAAGUGUGCUUUGAGAGCAAGGGAACAAGGCGGAUACCUGACCAACUCGUGAUCCUCGACAUGAAGCAUGGGGUGGAGGCAAAAAAUUACGAAGAGAUUGCAAAAGUUGAGAAGCUCAAACCUUUAGAAGUGGAGCUACGACGCCUUGAAGACCUUUCAGAAUCAAUCGUCAAUGAUUUUGCCUACAUGAAGAAGCGUGAGGAGGAAAUGCGGGAUACUAAUGAGUCAACCAACACGCGAGUCCUGUACUUCAGCAUCUUUUCCAUGUUCUGCCUCAUUGGACUAGCCACCUGGCAGGUCUUCUACCUGCGUCGCUUCUUCAAGGCCAAGAAGUUGAUUGAGUAAUAAGGUCCAGUCUCCUCCCACUUGUAUCUCAGCCGGCAGAACAUCGCUGGGACGCGCCUGGCCUAAGGCAUCCUACCAACAGCACCAUCAAGGCGCGUCGGAGCUUUCUUGCCAGACCGAUCUCUCUCUCUGUGGGAGGACAUGGGUUCCCACGUACAUCCAACAAGUCAAUGAGGGACCUCUUUAUAUCGGUAGGAUUUGGACUGGUUUUGCAACAAUAAGACUAUUAUUAAAUUCACCUAUAACAGAAAAAAAGGGGGGAGUUACCUAGAUAACGCCAAAGCCAGCAUCUGUUCUGGGUUUCCUUGUAUGAUCUUUUGAACCAUGUUUUCUUUCCUUCUCUACUUGCUCACCAGCUUGGGCUUCUCCUCUGGUUCCUUUACAAAAAUUCGUAUGACCAUUCUGAACUUGUUUCAUUCUGAUUGUCCUCUUUGGAUUUCCCUCCAAAAACACCCUUUCUCUUGACCCGUAGCUGAAAUGUUUAGGUAGCUUCUGGUGGUAUCUUUUCAUAAUUUUAUGUCUCUUAAGAGAAGAUGGAUGUGGGCAUCUCAUAGAAAUGAGCUUUGAACUAUAGGAGAUUCUCAGUUCCAUUUUUAUAGAGAAUUAAAGUAUUUGUGCUCAACUGCUUGAACUUUUUUUCUUGUGUGUCUAUUUUACCACCUGUGUGGAUUCUUGUGCCCACCUCCACAGGAUGCAGAUGCAAAAUGCAGUUCCCUGGGCUACAGCCAUGACUUUCCAACCUCUGGCAACCACUAAUCUGUUCUCAAUCUCCAAUUUGUUAUUUUAAGAAUGUUACAGAAAUGCAGUCAUUUAGUAUGUGACCUCAAAAUUGUUUUUUCACUCAGCGUAUUUCCUUUAAAACUCAUUCAACUUAUUUUAUGCAUCAAUAAUUUAUUCAUUUUUAUUGUUCAGUAGUACUUUAUGGUACGGAUAUACCACAAGUUUUUUUUAACUGUUCAGCCCUUGAAGGAUAUUGGGAUUGUAUUCAGGUUUGGGUCAUUACUGAUAAAGCUGCUCUGAACAUUUGUGUAUAGGUUUUUAUAUGAACAUAAAUUUUUGUGUCUUUGGGAUAAAUGCCCAGGAGAGCAAUUAUGGUAAGCACAUUAGAUUUUGUUAGAAACUGCUCUUAUUUUCCAGAGUGACUCUAUCCACCAAUUAUGAUUGAUUCACUUUCUUCACAUUGUUACCAAUGUUAUGUUAUUUUUUUAGUCAUCUAAUAGCCAUGUGUAAUGAUACCUCAUUGUGGUUUUAAUUUGCAAUUUUCCAGUGGCUAAUGAUGUUGAACAUCUUUCAAUGUGCUUAUUUGCCUGUCAUCUGUGCAUCUUCCUGAGUGAAAUACCUGUUCAUGUCUCUUGCCUAUUUUCAAAUUAGAUUAUUCUUUUUCAUGUUGAGUUUUAAGGGUUCCUUAUAUGUUCUGUAUACAUGCCAUUGUCAGAUAUGUGGUUGCUUGAACUUUUAACAUAACUCCUACCAAGGAAAAUUUACAUUCUUCUUACAUGCCAGUCACUGACUUCAUUCUUUAACAUGGGGAGAUGUGUCUUGCUCACGAAUUCAGAUAUAGGAGGCAUCAAAAAGUAGCACAUCGAGGAGGAUUGUGAAUAUAGCAAAUACUUGAAAAUAAAUGCAGAAUCAAAGCCAAGAAUCAUUGUGGGAAUAUGAGGUGCUUAAAGGCCACAUUAGCAGUGUAGAUAGAGGAUAUGCCUACAAAUGACCACGUCAUUAUGCUUCGUCAGCGAAUACUAUCCCUUAACGUUUUCCCUGCUUCUCCCGGGAAAGCAGGUAGGAGUUUGUCUUUCUUGAAGGGAAGCCUCCCUUUUAGCCCUGCAGUGUUUUACAGGGCUUGUUACAGUGGCGAGAGUUCCAGGAUUUAGGGGCAUGCACCUGAUGGUUAUGUUGGAGUUAGCAGAAAAUCCUGCUGUGCUGUCCCAGAGAGAGUAUAGAGGUGGAAGAGGGAGUGAAUUUUGUCAAAAGUCUCAGGGUGUGUCAUUAGUGUUCCCAGCUACUGUGAGCUCCAAAACCUUUUGAUUCCCUGGAUGAAUUCUUCCUCCCAUGUAGCAUUAAAGAGGUUCUUAUUAAUUUGUGCAACAUCGCCACCUGCUGUAAGGAAUUGGUCGGUGCUGCUGCUCUUGAGGACCUGGUGGCAGAAUGCUCGCCACAAGGGCCUUAGAUGUGGAACACACCUGUCUAGGGUAUUAGAUCUACUAUAUGGCUGGCCGUGCACCCAAAAGGGAAAAGAAGAAAUCGUGCGUUAAGAUCCAUCCUUAGCAUUUAAUAGUAAGUGAAAUUCUGUCCUGUACCAUUAGCCUAAUAAGAUAUUCUUUCAUAUUUCUAACUGGUGCCUUUCCCCUUUUUAGAAGCAAAGAAAACUGCUCAGUUGGUUAUAGUCUUCUGUUCUGAUACAGUUUCGAAAAACAAUACAGGAAUGGAGAACAUUUUAUUUCGCUUAUUUUUUUUUUCUGCAAACAUGACUUGUGAAACUGAAAUGCUUCCAUGCCCUUUCCUUUCAUAUGCCAAAAUUAUCAACAGAGACAUUUGUGCUCUUGGUUUAAAGUUCACUGAAAAGACAUCCUGAUUUCGUCUAGAAGGUCAAUUAUUUGCUUUUCAUUUGAAUUUUGAAAAUGGACUAUUGUAAGAGCAAGUCAGCUUAAGAAAAUGAGAAUGUUACCUGCUCUCCUCUGUUUUUGAGCCUAUUCAGUGUGAUGUGUGCGAUAUAGAUGAGAAUGAGCGUUCAGCAAGCUUGGUUAUGCUGUUGUCAGACCCGUCAUGAGCCAUUGUUUUGUUUCAUGGAAAGAGGCAUGUGGGAUUUAGACAAAUGCACUCGUAAGUGUUGGAUUGGGAUUUUUGUGUAAGUUUUCUCAAAUAAAGGCUAGCAGAAAACA